UGCAGGUGGACAGCGGCAAUGAUGGACCACCCUGUCUUGACUUUAACUGUUCUCCUUCUCAGCUCUACUUGUUUUGCUGUGGAGGAACCAGACGCUCUGUCCUGCCCAAAACACCAGGAACACUUUGACGACUCCUGCUACGAGUUUGUGGGUCUGCAGCGCUCCUUCCUUAGUGCCCAGAAAUGGUGCGAGAGGGGAGGAGGACACAUAGCCUUCAUCCUGAACGACGAGACACAGCAGUUCCUUCAGAAGCACCUCGAUUCAGAGAAGGACUGGUGGUUAGGUUUGGCACCUGCUGCACCAAACCUCACUCUGGACACCACAGCGGUUUCCCUGGCGUGGCUGGAUGGCUCAGAUAUCAGCUAUGAUAACUGGGCGAAAGUACCCGAUGCACAAGCAAGAUGUGGACAUAUCCUGAAACAGUCAAGCUUCCAGUGGGAAGCCUCAGAGAACUGUAGCCAAGAACUUAACUUCAUCUGCCAGUUUGAUUCUGGGAGGUCUAUUGCUUGUGAUGGCCAAAAUGCCACAUUGCAGUGUGGCUCUGGGCAAGUCAUAGAGAUAGACGACAGCUUCUAUGGUCGAAAAACAAUUCACUACUGUCGGACCAAACUCACCACCCCAGGCUCAACUCCUCAGGAGGAGUGCAGCUGGAUCGAUGUUGUUGACUCUGUGACAGCCAAUUGCCAUGGUCUGCAGGCCUGCCAAGCCCCAUCAGAUGUGAAGUCUUACGGUGAACCCUGUCCUCUGUUGGGAAGUUACUUGUCUGUGGAAUACCGCUGCAAAGAUGGACUACACCUGCUGAUGAGUAAACUGGCGGCGGUGUUUGAUAACGUCACCAUCACUGUCAAUUGGCUGCUGCAUCCUUAUGAGGGAAACCUUACAUGCACUCUGAAUGCUGGAGAUGGCCACACUAUUGAUCCCUAUGGCCCGGAAGAGACGGAGAGCACAGUAAUGCACAAGUUCAAAACACCUGGACGUUUUGUGGUCACAGUGGAGUGUUCCACCAGUGACUGGCAUGUGACAGCUCAAAAAGCCAUAACCAUUCAAGAGCCUGUGGGUCAGUUUGGUGACAUCAAGUGCUAUAGCACCAACACGUCAGAAGAUGGCACUAACUGCACCCUGUUCUAUGGCGGUGGGCCUGUAGAAGUUCAGGUCACAGUGGGGGCAGGUACAAAUGUAACCUACAUACUUCAGUAUAAGGACCUUUUACUUGCAAACUCAUCGGUUGACCAAGGGAUCACACCUCACAACAUUACUCUGAAUGCAAGUACAGUGGAGCAAGUGGGGCGUGGCUGUAACAACCUGACUUUAACCGCCUCCAACGAGGUCACAACCCAGACGGUGUCCACUGAAUUUCAGCUGUGUCUACUUGAGCCGGUCGAAGGGCUGCAGGCCUCGGUGAUAGCAGAGCAGGGCCAGUGUCCCGACUCCAGUGACCUCAAUAUUAGUGUCUCGCUGGCACGAGGAGCCCCUGUGAGACUUCUGUUCACACUGACUGCAGGCAAUAUCAGCCACUCUGAGACCAGAGAGAUGCUCAAUGGAAGCUUACAAACGUAUACUUUUGGCAGUCCAGUGGAAGGAUCAUUUAAAGUGAAUGUGCAAGCCAUGAAUGCCUUCUCAGCCUCUGAUUUUAACGUGAGCCUAGAGAGCAUAUUCCUGGAUUGUAGGAACUACUCUGACUUUGGAAACAUGAGUGUUGAUGACUCUUACAACUUCAAAGUCAAUGCCACUCCUGCCUUUGUGGUUGACUACACUAACAAUGUCACACUCACGGUUCAUGGAAAUGCGUCAUUGCCCAUCAAAGGACUCCAGUAUAUGUGGAAAUGUACAGGGGACUGCAAAUGCAGCAACCAAACAAAUGAUGAAACUCAUGUGAUUGACAAACAAUGCCUUCCGAAUCCAUUUGAGAUGGCUGUGUACACUGUAACUGUGAAAAAAACGGCCUGGUUUAGGAAAUGGGUCCAAGUGGCCUCUCCUUCAAGAUGCAUCACUGUUGUUCCAGAGGAAUUCAAAAAUGUCACCAUCAGUUGUGAUAAUUGCACUUCAGUUGAUGUGAGCCACGCUGUAAAGCUGACACUGAGCUGUAAGACCACAUGCCCAGAUGUGGAUUGGUACCUUGAGGAUCCAAAGCCUUUGAAGGAUAACCGGGAAACCUGCUACUCACAAGAAGGAAGAAGGCCGCUGCUGAAGAAGCAGGAGGGCAACAGGGAAUUUUUUGUGAACAGCCAACAGUUGACAUAUUCAAGGGACAAUUUGCUUAACAUCACUGUCAUUGCUCAAGGAAAAUCUGAGUUAGGCUACGCCAGGUACACCCUGCCCAUACCAGAUCCAGAGCCAACAAGUCGAGCACCUGUAGACCCUGUCCCCCCAACAUGCAGCAUCUCUCCACCAUCAGGCACUAUACUUGAUGCAUUUGAUAUCACCUGCCAAGCAAGUUCCUUCUGUUCAUCAGGUUGUCUUUAUUGCUUCAAGACAGACACGGGCAAACAUCUGCGCUGCAGUAAUACGGAAGUUGUGAAAUCCGUCUUAUUGCCCAUUGGAGAUGAGAAGAAUAAUUACAAUCUGUCCCUUGUGGUCACUGUGAAAAAUGAGAAUGAGGAAAUUACCACGACUGUCUACGCUCAGGUGUGGAAAAGCAACUCCAGUACUUCAGUGGAUGAUCUUCAGUCAGUGCUAGAUGAUACAGUCUCCCACUUGGAGGAGCAGGGUCUUCUCUCUGGUGAGGCGCUCGGACAAAUAGUCAGCUCAGUUGCUGACGUGCUGAACACAGAGACUGAUGAGGAUCAGAAGGACGCAAGGACAAUGCUUAGAGAGCAGAUGCUGACCAAAAUGGCCACGGUGCUGCUGGAUUCCCCCACCAACACCAGUCAGGAGGUGCAAGUCACGGCCAGGGCUGUGGUUGGACUCACGCAGCGUUCAGACGAGCUCAGUACCUCUGCCCAGGAAGAAGCAAGUUCAUUGUUGGUCGACCUGAGCUCCUCCCUCAACACUAUCAGUGUUCAUCAGGAGGACGAUGACGAUGGAGAAGUUGCGGAAGGAGCGGCACCAAUAGUUGAAGCGGCCAGUAAUAUUCUGAAUGCUUCAUCAAAUGAAAAGGUUUCAAAUUAUCUUCUUACCGGGAUAAACAAUGUCCAGAAUGCCUUGUUGAAUCAUAAGAAGUUGAAUGGAGAUCCCAUCAUCAUUGACUCUAAUCAGAUCAGCGUGUAUGUCAAUAGAGUGUCCCCAGAAACCAUGCAGUCGCAAGAUAUAAACAUCCAGAGGAGCAGCGCUUCUAGAUUUUCUUUCCCUUCUCUACCUGCUGAUGUCGUCUCCCCGGAUGAACCAGUAGAUGUUAGAAUGAUGAGUUUUGAAAAGAACCCGUAUUCGUGGAAAGGGGGAAAUAUUUCGGGAACUGUGGGAUCUGUCUCUCUAACAAGAAUGAACGGCACCGUCAUCCCUGUCAAGAAUUUGCCCGAGGAGAUUGAGAUUCUCCUUCCCAGGCCAGAUGUUGGGCAAGAGAACAGUACAGUUCUGGACCUGGCCAACUUUAGCACUUUAAUAAUUGACGUUCCUUCGCCUGACGUAACACUUGUGCUGAAAAUGGAGCCGUCUGAAGACAUCUCCUUCAUGUUACUCCUUGGGUACAAAAAGUAUCCAACUAGUGAGGAUUAUGUGGCUAAAACUCAGAUGCCUCUUGAGGACGCAAAAGAAGAGGAAAAAUAUACUUGGGUCCUUAGUCCUAAAGAGAGGACAGGUGAUGUUGGUGUGCACUUCCUGGUCAUGAAGCCAAAAGUAGAGCCAGGCGUCAAAUCUGUCAACACCAGUGUCAGGAUUGUAACCAUUGCAGCCCAGUGCAAGUACUGGGAUGAAAUAGAGUCUUCUUGGAGUGAAGAUGGCUGCAGGGUUGGCCCACUCACCACGCCCUUGGUCACUCAGUGUCUGUGUAACCAUUUAACUUUCUUUGGCAGCUCUUUCUUUGUCAUGCCAAACCUAGUGGACGUGUCACGCACCGCAGAGCUUUUCGCCACGUUCGUUAACAAUCCUGUGGUGGUGUGUUUUGUCGGGGCCAUCUUCUCUGCCUAUCUCCUGGUUGUUGUAUGGGCUCGCAGAAAAGACAUCCAGGACACAGCUAAGGUCAAGAUUACAGUGCUUGAAGACAAUGACCCAUUGGCAGAGUACUGUUAUAUGCUGACAGUCAGUACAGGGCAUCGCCACGGUGCAGCCACCUCCUCACAGGUGACACUAACCUUGCUGGGAACAGAAGGAGAAAGCGAGCCCCACCAUUUGACUGAUCUUGCGAAACCUCUGUUUGAGAGGGGAGGAGAGGACAUAUUUCUCUUGACCACGCACUUUUCUCUUGGAGAGCUGCAGGGCAUAAGGCUGUGGCAUGACAACUCGGGCACACACCCUGCAUGGUAUGUCAACAAAGUAACAGUGCAAGAUCUGGAUAGUGGCCAGAAGUGGCACUUUCUAUGUAACUCCUGGCUGGCUGUCGACGUGGGAGAUUGCACCCUCGACAAGGUCUUCCCAGUGGCCACAGAGGAGGAUCUGAAGAGAUUUAGCAAUCUGUUUUUCAUGAAGACAGCUAAGGAUUUCCGUGAUGGGCACCUCUGGUUCUCUGUAAUAAAUCGACCUCCAUGCAGCACUUUCACUCGUGUGCAGCGGGUGUCCUGCUGCUUUUCCCUGCUGCUGUGCACCAUGCUGACCAGCAUCAUGUUUUGGGGCAUUCCUAUAGAUCCCUCAGAGCAGACCAUGGACCUGGGUCACAUUGAGUUCACCUGGCAGCAAGUUAUGAUUGGCAUUCAAAGUUCCAUCAUCAUGUUUCCCAUCAAUCUCCUCAUUGUGAGCAUCUUCAGAAACACCCGUCCUCGGGAAAAGGUUGCCAAAUCAGACAAGACAAAGCAGGGGAAGACAGUUCGAGUGUCCCCAUCACAGGCCUCGUCCCCUCAGAAAGAACAGAAGGAUAUCACACCAGACACAGUGAUGAAGGACAUAAAGAGAAUUGCCCAGUCGCUGUCAAAGGCCAUGAAGAGUCCUCUGCCUCAUGUGGAGCUUCGACCUGGUCAACAGACUGAUAUCAACACCUUGCUGUCUCUGGUGGAAGACAUCAUCAGGCAGCAAAAUCGAUCCUCCUCUGACUUCUACACUGAUACCGCCAAAAGGGAACGCUCCAUCCUCAGUCUCGGUGCAGUGGACCUUCAAGAAAAGAGUGUAUGGGGCAGUCCGGAGAAGACCUCAGAUUCAGGGGUUCAGAAGAAGAGCAACAACAGCAGGUAUCUGUACAGGCAGCUGCUUCAUGUUGAGAAGAAGCUAGGUUUCCUGGGAUCUUCUCGAUUCCCAAACCCAGACAGCUACAACAAAGCCAUGCAGCAAGUUCAAGGGAUGAAGAGCCUUCUUGAGUUCCACCUCUCAUCACCCUGCCUGGAUGGAGAACAGUCGGAUCGCAGCCCCAGUCCAGAGGAGAGAGGAGAGAACGGGGCUGGUGCUAAAAAAUGCUGUCCAGGAGGGUUGCCAUGGUGGUUUGUUUUUGUAGGAUGGAUAUUGGUGAUUGCAACCAGUGGUGUGUCAGGAUACUUCACCAUGAUGUAUGGGCUGACUUAUGGGAAAGAUCGCUCUAUAAGCUGGCUGAUCUCCAUGUUGGUGUCCUUUUUUGAGAGCUUGUUCAUCACGCAACCUCUUAAGGUUCUUGGCUUUGCUGCUUUCUUCGCUCUUGUUCUAAAGAAGGUUGACCAGGAAGAAUACGGAGACCCUCAGAUUGACGAGAGCCUCAAAAAUCCUGAUGAUCCCGAUGCGGUGCGAGCAGCACGGAGAGACAGCACAUGCAGUUUCUACCAACCACCGCCUCCAACGGACAUAGAGAAGAUGAGGAACAACAUGAUCAAAGAGCAGAAAGUCUUUGCCCUCAUUCGGGAGAUUCUAGCCUAUAUGGGGUUUAUGUGGAUGUUGCUCCUGGUGGCAUAUGGCCAGAGGGAUCCCAAUGCUUACUUCCUGACCCAGCACAUUCGCCAGAGCUUUAGCAAAGGCGUGGCCGACACGAUGAGUAUUCAAGAUGUGUUCAACUGGGCAAACACAACCCUGCUGAGCAGCUUGUUUGGCGAUCACCCAGGCUUCAUCACAGAUGGAAACUCAAAGCUUGUGGGUAAUGCUCGUCUUCGCCAAGUGAGGGUACAGAAAAAAUCUUGUCAUGUGGCUCGGCGCAUGCAACAGGCAGUGCCUAAGUGCCAUGCUCUGUACUCAUGGGAGAUGGAAGAUAUGGGGUCCUACGGUCCAGGUUGGAACUACUCUGAGGCUGAUAACACAACAGAGAACCUCCACAGCCCCUGGAAGUACCGAUCCCAGGGUAAACUGAGGGCCUAUCCCAUCUGGGGAAGCAUGAUGCUGUACAGAGGAGGAGGCUUUGUGGUGGAGCUUGGACCAGAUUUACAUAACUCCAGCGGAUGCCUUCAGUAUCUUCAUGAAAACCGUUGGUUUGAUGAGUAUACCCAAGCCAUCUUUAUUGAGUUCACUGUGUACAACGCUAAUGUCAACCUCUUCUGCAUCGUCACACUCAUGUUGGAAACCACAGCCAUAGGGGCUUUCCAGUUUCGUAGUGAGCUCCAAAAUGUUCGUCUCUACCAAUCAACUGGUGGCCUCCACAUUUUUGUCAUGGCCUCUGAAGCCAUCUACUUCCUCUUCAUCCUAUAUUACAUGUUUGUUCAGGCAAAGCUGAUGAAGCAGCAGAGAUGGACCUAUUUCAAGAGCAAAUGGAACCUGCUUGAGCUGGCGAUCAUCAUUCUCAGCUGGAGCGCACUGUCCGUCUUUAUCAAAAGGACUCUGCUGGGGAAGCGGGACAUGGAGUACUACCAGAGCCACAAAGACCAAUACGCCAGUUUUCAUGAGACAGCCAAGGCUGAUGCAGUGCUGGGCUAUCUGAUUGCUUUCCUGGUGCUCCUGGCUACAGUCAAACUGUGGCACCUGCUGAGACUCAACCCCAAGCUGCACAUGAUCACAGCGACUCUCCAGCGAGCCUGGACGGAUAUCUCUGGCUUCCUGGUGGUCAUGACCAUCAUGUUUCUGGCCUACUCCAUCGCUUCGAAUCUGAUGUAUGGCUGGAAGCUGUACUCUUAUCGCACUUUAUUUGAUGCUGCUCAGACCAUGGUCAGCCUGCAGCUAGGCAUUUUUAACUAUGAUGAGGUUCUGAAUUACAACCCAGUCCUGGGUGCCUUCCUCAUUGGCACCUGUAUUGUGUUUAUGACAUUUGUGGUGCUCAACCUCUUCAUCUCUGUCAUCCUUGUGGCCUUCAGUCAAGAGCAGAUACAUCACAAACCAUCAGAGGAGGAGGAGAUAGUGGACCUGAUGUUGAUGAAAGUCUGCAGUUUAUUCGGAGUUAAAUGCAAGAAGCACGGUGGUGACAGCCUGUCUAACAAGACCGGAAUUUCAUCAACUUCAAACAAUGGAAUUUCAACAAUCUCCCCAGAAAGUGUAGACAAGGAUUUAUAUGGUCCUCUUUAGUCAACAUUGUUAUAAUAACACCCUGUGUGCUUUGUUGGUGUUGUUGCUUGCUUGCUUCAUUCUUCCACUGUGUACAGUAUAUACUGUAAGUGUGCAUUGUUAAUCAACUGGUCUGUCUUCAGGAAU